GCGCUAAAGGGGAGAACGAGAAGACCCGGCGUACGCAGUACGAGGGAAUAAAUAACACAGCCGACCGCGAUCAGCAGGUGCGCGAUUAAAACAAUAUUCCGCAGAGGUAGAGGAAGCGAGUACCGAACGCGAAUAAAUCACGCACUCGUAAGGAAAGAGAAAAACCCGAUUAAGAGAGUCGCUGAGUCGUCGUCGAUCACUUCGAGAAUUCUCACCCUCCUGUCGAUUUUUCGCUUCUCUCAUCUUUCGGCAACAUGGACGAGAACCUGAGCCGGGGAUAUGUCCAGCUGGGCAAGGCCAGGCGCAUGAAUGAGUUCAAAUUUUCGAAUGGAUUAAAGCAUCUUUCGCCGCCCGUCGAUAAGAACAACUUUAUUUACUCGUCUCUGAUCAUCGGCGGCAUGGGAUUUCUUCUGCCUUACAACAGUUUCAUUAUAGCGGUGGAUUAUUUUCAAACGAAAUAUCCAGGAACUACCGUAAUAUUCGACAUGUCUGUCGUUUACAUUAUUAUGGCUUUCUUCGCAGUCUUUGCAAAUAAUAUACUAGUCGAAACCUUAUCAUUGAAUACACGAAUUACGUUUGGAUAUCUGGUAUCUUUUGUUACUCUGAACUUCGUGGUGAUCUGUGAGAUUUGGUGGGAAUUUUUCGGUGUUGCAACUUCCUAUACUAUUAAUUUAGUUGCCGUUGCGAUAGUAUCGCUUGGUUGUACAGUUCAGCAGUCGAGUUUUUAUGGAUACACAUCAAUGCUUCCCAGUCGAUAUACGCAAGCUGUGAUGGCUGGAGAAAGUGUUGCUGGCUUUUGGGUAUCGGUUAAUCGAAUAUUAACAAAAUUGUUAAUCAAUGAUGAACGCGGUAAUACGUCUGCAUUCUUUCUUAUGUCGAAUAUGACGAUUAUGUUGUGUUUUGUUUUACAUAAAAUUAUACGAAAGACCGAAUUUGUGCAAUUUUACAUAACAUUGUGCCAGGAAAGAAAUCGAAUCACUUUAGAACCAACGGAAGAUGUCGGUUUGAUGGAUCCGUUGGAUCAAGUUGGCGAUCCCUCGAAAGGUCAAUACGGAGUGUUAAAGAUCCAAACGAGUCCAUUGGGGACAGAUUCUGCCAGUGGCACUGAUGCGUCUCGACAGUAUUCUGCAUUUUCGUUCAGCAAUCCAGUUUACGAACCUAGCGCUCCUUCGGGGAAUCCGCCUGGUAGUGCUGGACCGACUUAUAAGGUCGAAGACGUCGUGGUUAUGGGAGGCGCUUACACAAGCACACAAAGCACAAGUACACUAUGGUCCGGCAUAAAAAGAGGUUUGCUCGCUAGACUCGAAGUCGCCAAAUUGAUCUUUCCGUACAUGGCCAGUAUUGGAGUUGCUUACUUCGUAACCCUCUGCUUGUACCCAGGAAUCGUAUCGGAAAUAAUAUCCUGCAAAUUUGAAUCGUGGAUGCCAGUUAUUCUGAUGACCGUCUUCAACUCCGCUGAUUUAUUCGGCAAGGCAUUCGGUUUAAUACCUUACGAAUGGAAGCGCACUCAGUUACUCUAUUUCUCUAGUGCGCGAAUCAUACUUAUUCCCCUAUUUCUACUUUGCGCAAUUCCACGUGGUGCUCCUAUUCUCUCCGGCGAGGGAUUUCCGCUUGUGCUCUCCUGGCUCCUUGGCUUUACAAAUGGUGUAAUCGGUUCCAUACCAAUGAUUCAGGCGCCAAGCAAAGUACCAGAAGAACAUCGAGAACUUGCAGGUAACAUUAUGACGUUAUCGUAUACUACUGGAUUGACCAUCGGAUCUUUAUUGGCGUAUAUGAUGGAUGCCUGUCUCGGCCCGUCUGUGCAAGUUAAGGACGUGUGCGCGCAGUUGGCGAAUAGUCAAAUUUUGACGACCCCGCUCAGCAACGUGACGGCGAGCAUUCUGAUAAACGGGAUAUCUUCCACUUUGCCCGUCGUUGAAAGAAUGACGGCGAUGCCGAAGGCGAAGACCACUGCCAAUGUGCUAACUACGAUUCUGAUGUCCACGUUAUUGUCGAAUAGCACCGUAAGCCUACUAAGUGACGAAGGGGCGCUGAAUGCGUCCACGACGGUUUUACCGAAGUUCUUAGCUAAUGUUACCACUUCGGCAAGUAACGUGAUUUUGCAACAUUAGGACGCAUAUGUUUGUGCGCUGUGUUAAAUCUGGUGCUUUCACAUAUAUGAGAGAGAAAGAGAGAGGGGGGAGAGGGAGAGGAGAAAGAAAGAAAAA